AUGAACGUUAUAGGAGUAUGAAAACAACGUUUUUUUCUAUGGCACACUUUGAAGAAAAAAAAGUAGGAAAGGAGAGAAAUUCACAUGAGGCCACCACAUAGUUAGUGGGCCCACACUCAGGGUAUAUAUAGUAGUAGUGAGAGGGAGAGGUACGUAGUAGGUAUGCACCCAUUUACCCUAGGUUCCUCUAAUUCCUUCCCGUACGGCCGCCAGCAAAGGGUUUGGUUGGAUGAGGGGGGAAGAGGGGAGGGGGAGGAGGAGGGUGCGAAGACGGCGGAUCCGGAAGCGGGCGGAAGCGGCUGCGGCGGGGCUGUGGAGAAGGAGCACAUGUUUGACAAGGUGGUGACGCCGAGCGACGUGGGGAAGCUGAACCGGCUGGUGAUUCCGAAGCAGCACGCGGAGAAGUACUUUCCCUUGGACUCUUCCAACAACGACAAGGGGCUUCUGCUGAACUUCGAGGACCGGAAUGGGAAACCGUGGCGGUUCAGGUACUCCUACUGGAACAGCAGCCAGAGCUACGUGAUGACCAAGGGCUGGAGCCGGUUCGUCAAGGAGAAGAAGCUGGAUGCCGGCGACGUGGUUUCCUUCCAGCGGGGUGCCUCCGAGUCCGCCAGGGACCGCCUCUUCAUCGACUGGAGGCGCCGCCCGGACCACCACCACCACCUCACUCCCGUCAUCUCCUUGCCCCACCACCACUUCUCCUCCUUCCAGCGCUCCCCCUUUCAUCAGCACUACCCGGCCGCCGCCGCUUGGAACCACCACCAAGCCGUGUUCUCCGCCCCCCUGCACCCGUCUUCGUACGGCUACGGGCUCAUCAGCGGCGGUGGUCCCAGCGGCGGGGAGGUGGUGGUGAAUGGAAACCCUUGCUCGGGGGUAUCUUCGUCCGGGAUUUACCUGAGACCGAUAGUGGCCGCCGCCUCCCAGCAGCAACAAAUGAUGCAUAGAGGAGGAGGAGGGGCCGCCGGCCCCGCGGCGGCGGUGGUGUUUGAGUCGAUGCCGGUUGUCGUCCACGGCAAGGCGGCUGCAAAGCGGCUGAGGCUCUUCGGGGUGAACGUGGACUGCCCCAUUUUGGACGGAGACACCUCCUUCUACCCCUCCUCCUCCACCUCCGCCGCCGCCGCCUCAACAACAACAACAACCAUCCCAUCCACUUUGCUUCAACUAAAGUCCUCCGGCUACGAUGAUGACGGCGACGACACCGAAGAACUACAUCUGGAAUCUGAUGAUUAUGAUAAUAAUAAUAAUAAUAAACCCAGGAAGUCGUCUUCAUCCGCUUCCAUGUCCCUAGAUUGGGACAUUUAAUUAAUUUGAUGAGCAUAUCAUAAAAUUGCGACAUUUCAUUCCCUAGUAGUAUUCUUCAUCAUAAAUUCCUGUGUAUACA